UUCUUAUGUCCCGCCUAUUCGAAUAAUUGGUGGGACAACAGCAAAAAGUUUAAGCAAGCCUUGACCAUUAUAAUGGCAAGAAGUUAAUCGCCUAUUAUUAUUAUAACUGCUGGAAUUAUUAUGGAGUUAUUUUUAGAGAAUUUCGUUCUAUUCCUACGUACAUCAUACUCUAUCUUUACUGUUUUAAAAACCAGUACAGCUUGA